UAUUUUUCCCUUUUAAGAAUUCAGUAAUCCAUGUAUAUUUCAAUUAUUUUUUGAUUCAAUGCAAAGAGGAAUGGGAAUAACAUCGUACAGAAUCACUCAGAAAGAAUUUUGUAUAAAUGUGUGUCAAAUUAAUGGCAACAAUUCUCUACGUGUAAAUGGACGUAUUCCAGAAAAUAUUUGAUAUCGUAUUGUUUAUAAAUAAAUCUACCAAAGUAUUGCUAUGUAACUGAUAGUUUCAAGAAAUACGAUGUCUUUAAAAUGACAUUAAAAACUAUUUUAAAAAACUUUUUAAAUUAUGCUGAUACUUUAGAUGCUCAGAAAAAAUUAGGAAAAGAUUUAUAUGAAGUUGAUUUCCAGAAAUUAAAGGGAUUGACUGAAGAAUUAAAACAUGACAAAAACUAUGCUACAUCAGAAGGCCUUAAGGAUGUUAACCGAAGAAAAAAUAGAUAUAAGGAUAUUUUACCUUAUGAUUAUACAAGAGUUAUUUUAUCAGAAUAUCCAGGAGUUCCAGGAUCUGAUUACAUUAAUGCUAAUUACAUUAAGGGAGCUAGUGGUUCACUGGCUUAUAUUGCUUCACAAGGACCGUUACCUAAUACAGUUGUUGACUUCUGGCGAAUGAUUUGGGAAUGUGAAGUUCAAGUCAUUGUUAUGGCUUGUAAUGAGCAAGAAUCUGGCAAGUAUAAAUGUGAAUGCUAUUGGCCUACUGAUGAUGAAAAAAAGCAAUAUGGAAACAUUAAUGUUGAAUUUGUAAAAUGGCGCCAAGUGUGUCCAGACUUCUUAGUUCGUACUCUUAAAGCCUGUUGGGAAACUGAAGAAAGGGUAAUAUGUCAGUUCCAUUAUACCACCUGGCCUGACCAUGGGGUACCUACUUCCGUGCAACCCAUUUUAGAGUUGGUACGUCUCAUACGUGAUUGCCAAGCAUUUGAAGCUGUUCCUGUAUUAAUUCACUGCAGUGCUGGUUGUGGAAGAACCGGAACUAUUUGUGCUAUCGACUUUGUAUGGGGUUUGAUGAGAAUGGGAAAAUUGUCCAAAAGUUUCAAUCUUUUCAAUGUUAUUGCUGAUAUGAGAAGGCAAAGGAUUGCUAUGGUACAAACAAAGGAACAAUAUGUUCUUGUUCAUAAAGCAGUAUCUUCGUUGUUUGAACAGCAAUUACGAGUUAUUGAUAAUCAUACCUAUGAAAAUUUAGACGAAGAUGGAGAACCUUUAAUUUUAAAAGAACUUCAAAUGGAGGAUGAUAUAUAUGAGGAUAUAUUAGAGCCAUUUACUGGUGAUAUCUGUACUUCUGAAUCUAAAUAUGAGGAUAAAUUAAACAAAAUUACUAAAGUAUAUCAGGAUAUUCAAGUUUGUAAUGAUUCAACUCAGUCUUCUCUGAAAAAUGAUAGUUUUUCUAAUCCUUAUUCAUAUCUGAGUGAAAUAAGUAACAGCUCACAAUUCAAAGAAAUAAAAGAAUUAUCUUUAAAAUCAAACCUUUUGCCAUUAGAAAAUAAUAAAAUGGUGGAGACUAACGAAGAUGAUGACAAAGAGUUUUCCUACAGUAAACAUUCAAGAACGUUACAAAGACUUUGCAGAGAAGAAAGUGUUAAAAAAUUAAUAUCUGGAUGGAAUAAAGCUGUUGAAAAAGGUGACACAGUUAAAGCCAUUUGUAAAGACUCCCAUGCUGAACUGUCUAUUUCUAAAAGCCCUAUUUCAAAACAGUUUUCUGAAAGUUUUAUAAGUGAAUUGAAAACAAAUCAGACUACUUCUUUACCACUUAAAGAUAAUGCAUGUUCUCAAAAAUUAGAUAAUGUUCCUACAUCAGUACUUAGCCAAAAUCAUUCUUUAGUUGAUGAACCUACAUCCAGUGAUUCUUCUCCUAAAACUAAUUCUUCUGAAGAUAUGCAUGCUGGCAAAUUAGUUGGAAAAGCUACUGUUAUUAGAAGGCCUAGUAUUGCUAAAUUAAAGGCCCUUUUUGAAAAGUCAUCUCAGCCUAGCUCAGAAACUGAUAAUUCUAGGCAACGCAGGCCACUCUUUCGCAGUCAUAGCCACUAUGUCAGUAAUUCUAGUCGUGCAUUUACUUUGUCUGAUAGUAGUAUGGAUCAACACAUUAAUAUGAGUAAUGCGGGACAUGAACUGAUUUAUGGUAGAAUUAAUGAUUCUGCUUGUAGGGAUAACAUUCCUCAAACUUUUGAAUAUUUGAAUAAUAAUUCCAAUCAGUCAGAACAUUUUUCUACUGACUUAAAUAAGGAAUCAUCAUAUACAGCCAAAGAUAAUAGACAACUCAGAUCAUCUUCAAGACCUCUUUCUUAUUAUAAUAGUUCUGAUAGUAUGAUACCACAUACCACAGAUUCAAGUAAAGAGUUUGUAGUACCUGAAUCUUUCAUUAAUUCAAGUGAAAUUAAAAUGAUUAGUUACAAAGAGCAUGAUAAUAUUGGUCUCAAAAAAGAACGACCUCCAGAUCUUCCUACAAAGAAAAAACAGUCUAAUACUUCUUCAAGUAAUGCAGGUGAUAAAAAAUCUUCUGAAAACCUUGUGCCAAGAUUUCAAAUUAGUGUAUCAAAAGGAAAUUCUGAAGUAAAAUGUAACAAAUUUGCAUCAGAUAUGUCUGACACAAAUAAGACUAAUAAAGAAUCUACUCUUAAAGAACAUGUUAAUUCAAAUUGUGCACAAGAUUGGAAUCAUGAAAAUAUUAAAGAGUACCGCAAGCAUUCUCAAGAAAUAGAAAGAAAGAUACUGCAUAAAAAUCAGUCAUUUUCUGACCCUGAGCAUUGUAGUGGUAGACCUGGGGAAAUAAGUAAACAAGCUGUCAAGCAAAAAUUGAGUUACACUGAACAAACCUAUCCUAAGCUUUCUUAUUCUCAUGGAAAGACAGCUUCUGAUAAUCGAUUACCUCAAGCUUAUGAAACUACUUAUAUGAAUGUUAAUCCACUGGCCCAAAAAAAUAUACGCCAAAUUGAAGAUAGUUUAAAAAAUCAUCCACGAGGUGCCAUCAUUGACUUAACUUCCAGAAAAUCAUAUAUUGAUGAAAUGAAUGUAAAUACCGACAAACAAUUUGUGUUUAGAAAUUCAUCGCAGCUUGUAAAAGUUUUACAACCACAAGAAUCUCGAGACCUAACUUCUCAUGAAAAAUGCACACCUAAUAAACCUGAAAAUAGUUCUUCUGUAACAACAAAGGGUAAUGCAACAUCUAUUCAAAAGCCAGUUGAAUCCAAAACUGACAAUGCACAAAAAAAUAAUGAUUUGAUAAAUUCAAAAAAUCUUCUACUACAUAGCCCACCUCCUAAAUCCAAACGAGGUCAUUUGUCUAAAACUACUGCUAAAUCGCCCUUGUCUCCUACUGAAACAUCUGGUUCUGGUACACCAUCAAGUAACAAAAGUACCAAUCUAGAAGAUUCAGCUUCUCAAUUAGAUAAACAAGUUACAGCCAAAGCAUCACAAGCUACUACUUUCCCUACACCCAGUUCUCAAAGUAGCACUAUUUCAUCUGGUAGCUCUGUUCCUGUUGCUGACAGGUCUGAUCCUCGUUACUUUCCAGUUACUAGACAAACUGCUUCUGAGGCCAAAGCACUUAAUAGAGAUGCCUAUUCUUCACCAUAUAGUUCAAAUAGUAUUUAUGAAACUUUAUAUUCAGUCAAACAACCUAAUUAUCAGAAAUCUACCAUUUAUGAGAAACAUAAACUCGAAAACUUUGAAAAUACUACAUUUCCUGUGCAAGAUACUUCUAAAAAUAGUAAUGACAAUGAAUCUCAUUAUGGUCUUCAACGAUCUACUUCUGGUCCCCAAAUGCUACCAUCGGGGUCUGAUUCUGGUCCUAAUAUGUUACUACCUGAAGUUAGUCCAUCACAAAUUGGAUAUUCUCAGACUAGUGAGGAUAGUAAAAAACCAAGUUCUGUGCAGAAUAAUGAAAUAAGACAACCUCCUCCUUACGGUCAUUCUUAUGUACAUGCUAACACAAUUGGUCCUAAAAAUUACUUUCCAAUAGGGCCUCCUAAACCUCCUAGAACAUUCCAUUAUGAUACAAAAAAUAGUCAAGAAAGAGUUCCAUCCUCAGAAGCAUAUAAAUCUGAGCAAAAUGUCAAAAGAGAUGGUGGCCGGUACAUCGUAACCGUUGCAUCACCCAAACAUUCCAGCCAAAAUGUUGUAUCACCCAGAACUAAAACUAAUCAGGAUUAUAGGUACAUUACUGAUGUAAGGGCUCCUGAAUCGGUUGCCAACUCUCAACCUCCUCCUCCUGGUUAUUCCUCUCCUCCUGCUACCAAUGAAGUGCACAUGUCCCGAUCAUAUCCUCUUACGCACUACGAUAAUGUGUAUUCUCAUCCAAGGCCCUAUGGUAAGCAAUUUUAUCCUGAAUCAAUGACUUUUAGAAAUGUUCAACCUGUUACUCAAAUUAAUAAUAGCUUAUAUGGGACAGUUAAAGAAAAACAUUCACAAAUUCAUCAAGGCUUAUAUGGUACAGUGAAACACAAAUCUGAUUAUGAAAAUAUUUAUGAUUCAAAAGUUAAUUUUGGCCAUGAUAAAAGUAAUUUGGCUGCAAGGAAUGAACACCAGAGUAAUUACCCUAAUUCUUUAGCAGCACUGCAAUAUUCUCAAUCUGACGCUAAUGUGUAUUCUGUUGUUCAACCGCCAAAGCACCCAACUCAUUUAGUGCAAAACAGCUUUAGUGCUGUGAAAUCUGAUUACCAAAAUUUAGAUGACAACAUGGGUUCUUCCAGUAAAAGGGUUUAUUUUGACACUCUGCAAAGACGCCAUAAACAACAUGUAAGUUGGGAACAAAGACGCUCUCAUGAUGAUAUGGAUAUUCGCCCAGCACCAUCUGCUCGCCUGAAGGAACAAAUUCAUGCUAGAAGAAGUAUGGUCGAACUGGAUAACUUAGAGAUCAGUGUUGUGUCCGAUGAUGGUUAUCCAGAGAAAAGUGGAAUUGAAUCAUCAAUACCCAACGUCCAUUGUAAGUCAAGUAGAGCUGGGGAAAAAUCAUUUAUUGAGACUACUAGUUCUGACUCAUCAAAAGAUUCUUUGCAUAAGAAAGGCAGCACGCACAAUAAAGAAGCAAGUUUUGGAGAAACUUUGUCCAAAGCAUUUGGAAGAUUGACAUCUUUUACAAAGUUUUCUGGAAAAGAUGUACAAAGUUGUAGUUCAAGUUCCAAUAAUUCUACAAAUAGUGGUUCAAAAGUUUCAAAGCAGAAAGAAGCUGAGAAACAUCAAGAUUUUGCAUUGCAGUCUCCAAAUCCUGAAGAAAUUCCAUCGGAGCAGUGGACGCAAGUUUAAAUCUGUCCUUUGUACCAUUUACUAUAGAAGAUUAAUUUAUACUUGUAUAUUAUAAAUAUUGCUCAAAUAGUUGUUACUGUUGUAUGUUUUGAUUUUGUUCCUCGCUUGAUGUUUUUAAUACUGUUCAAUUUUCAUAGAUUAUGACAAAUGUUUAGUUGUUAAGAGAAACUUAAAACAUGCUGUUAUGCUUAUUGUGAAGAACUAAUUAUAAAAUAUACAAAAUAAGUAUUUAUUUUAUGAGUGAGAAUCUCAAAGUUCACUUUUAAAUAUGAGGACCUUUAUAUUUAACAUAUAUUUUAUCUUUUUCUCUUCUAUCUUGUUGAGAUCUGUUACAAAAUCGAUUAUAAAAAUUUAGAAAUAGUUUUUUUUUUAGGCCUAAACUUAUGUUCAUUAGGAAAAAUAAACUUAGUGGAUCAUUCAUGUUCCUUUUGUCUGGCAAUUUUAUUUUAUAUUAAUCAAGGUUUCUUAAUAUAGACUAGUUUUAUGAGAGCUACGUUCAAUUAAACAUUUGGACUUAAUGAAUUUUUUCUCAAAGUUUAUUACUUUAGUUUAGGAAAUAUAUUAAUGAUUCGAUCAAUUCAUCACAUUUUGAUUUUUUAUUAACCUAAAAGAAUUUGCCUUCAGGUGCGAUUUAUUUUUUUUUAAUUUAAUGUGGGUAUAGAAUUAGCAUUGAUAAAAAAGCCAUGUACCUAAUUCUAAAAGGGAAUUUUUAUUUAAGAAUUGAAGGAAAAUCAUAGAUUGAAAACCAAGAAUGCAACUUUUAUGAAAAAAGGAAAAAUUUUGCAUAUAGGCUUUUUCAAACAGGCCAACUAUUCAGUUUUUAAUAUUAUUCAAGAGAAUCUUUUAAAUAAAGUCAACUAUUCUCUCUCUCCCAAUGUUGAAAAACACAUUCCAAAGGAAUUGUUUUAUACAAAUUUUUAUUUCUUACAUCAAUUAAUGUAUGUUCAUAUCCAGCAAUGGCUUGCAUCUUUUAAAAUAAAUUAAAUGCUGUCGUUUUUCUUUUAAAAUUUUAUUGGAGAAACCGGCUUGUGGUUCUUUUAUUACCCAUGCCUGCUUUCACUAAUAUCAUUAUAUUAAAAACUGAUUUGCUUUUGACAUUGAAACUUAUUUGGUUGUUUUCUCUUUUAACAACAUUAUUUAAAUAUCAUUCUCUUUUCAUAUAUAAUGAGUAAAAUCAUAUUGAAAUGCUGUUCAAAUCCUGGAAAUAGAACACUAUUUGAAUUAACAUUAAUAGCAUUUACAACUGCCUUUUUUGCAUAUUUUCUGUAGUUGUAAACGUAAAAAAAAAAUGCAACCAGUUAUCAAAACUUUGGUAGAAAAAGCAUUAACUGCCUUACUUUAACUGCAAAAUUCAAUUGGUGUCUGAAAAGUGUAGAAAUCAACAAACACCUCAGAAAAUGCACAUGAGAUCAAAAAAUAUUCAUUUGAAAAAAUUUCAUAAGAUAUGUUCAAUGACUCCAUUCCAAACCUAGGGAUGGUGUAAGGAGUAACUUUAAAAUCUUUAUUAAAAACUGCCAUUAUUUAUAGCGGAUUUGGAUUUUCAAGAAAAAAGUAUCCUUACUUGAAUUAUAAUAUUUUUACCCUCUAUUUUACAGACGGUGCAGUAAUGACAAAAAGAAAAUGAGUACAAAUUGUUUCAAAUAGAAAUAUAUGACUGAUCAAAAUAAAAAUAGUCUUGUUUGAUAUUUUGAAAAAUUUUCUUGUGAUCCCUCUGAGGCUGGAAGGUCUAAAGAUAUCUCCAUUGUAAACAAUUAUUAAUGAUUUUCAUUUUGUGAUUACAGUGCUAUCUGUCUCCCGAAUGCCAAAAUAUAGAUCAAAUUGGUGUACUUUUUUCUGGAAAAUCCAAAUCUGCAUUAAAAUAUGGGGAUUCCUUUUUAAUAUUAUGUAAUUAUUUCUUAUGUAUAUUUUAAAAGUUUGAUUUGAUGUGUGCUUCGUAAGAUAUUUGACUGUUCCAUAAAUUUCGGACACCCUGUAUGUCUACUUCAUUUACUUUUGAUGCGUUAAAUGUAGAAAGAUCUGAUUUUAAUUAACUCAUCAAACGUUUAGUUUCAAUGUAUUAACUAAUCAAAGUCUUCUUUCCUGCUAAUAUUUUACUUUUAAGAACUUUGAUUUUUUAAUUUUGUGUGUGUACAGAACCAUUAUUAGUUAUUAGCCUUGUUUUGUCUAAAUAGUUCUGAUUAAAUACUUACUUAAUCAGUAUUUGCAGCUGUGAAUCAUACUAUUAAAAAGUAUUACUCUAAAAUACUCCCCCCAUUUAUUCACAUGUUUCAUCUCUGCUGUUAUUAUUUUUAAGUUUUCUUUUAUAUAUAUAUAUUAAUUAGUUAAUAUAUAUAUAUAUACAUCGUUAUUUCUUCAUUUUUAUAUUUAUAUCAACAUUUUUAUUGCAUUUAGUAUAAAUCGAUGGUGCUACUCGUAGAAUAAUUUGUUAUCGCAGUGAACUAUGUUAACCAUAACUGAGUGUGGAAAUGCUUAAUUUGAUUAGCUUAAAAAAAAUUUUUUAUAUGAAAAGUAUUAAAGAAAAGUCUCAAUUACAGGCAACUUUUUUAUUUCUUUUUAUACCUUAGUUGUAAAUUUAUGUUUUAAUUGAUUGUAAAAAUUGACAUUCCUAAAGAAAUUAUGUAUUGUAAUCUAAUGUUUAUAAGUAAAUAUUGUAUGUAUGUACAUAUAUUGUGCUAAAAAUGUGUACAUGAGUUUUUCGAGCUUAUUAUUUUGUCAUUCUUCUUUUUUAUCUUGUUAUAAGUAACUUUUAUGUUGAGAUUAUUAGAUUACUUUCUGUGAUAAAUUACUUAAGUUAAUCUAAAUUUUUCUUUUUUUUUAAACUUUUCCAUUUAUACAUUGUUGUUGAAAUAUUUAUUUUUAUCAACUUCCAAUCUUUACAGGACUAAAGUUAUUAAGUUUACAUAAUAAUGUGUCGAUCUUUCAUUUCUACAUGACGUGUUAUUUCAUAACAUCAGAUUCCAUUUAAAUUUGACUGUCAAUAUUAAUUGAUCUACUUAAUUUUUAAUUGUUCAUCCCAUUUUUUGUCAUUAAAAAUUGUUUUUACCUUU